AUGAGACCCCAACUGUCAGCAGCAGCAUCAGGACCAACACGCUGCCUUAGCGCAGCAUUUCAAAAUUCAAUUACACAGAAAUCCCAGACGGAUCCCAUCCACUGCGCUACACAGAUCUCCACAGACAGCCAUGAAACAGGCUCUGCUAGAGUUGAUGAGGAUGAACAGAAUCUGCCGGAUGGUGCUCGCCACUUGCUUAGGAUCUUUUAUUCUGGUCAUCUUUUAUUUCCAAAGUAUGUUCCAUCCAGUAAUCCAUAGGAAUCCAUUUGCACCUGACGUCUGUUGUAGGAAAGGCUCACGGAAUGCUCUGCAGGAGCUGUACAAUCCCACCCAGCUGGAGUAUUCAAGCACUGCCGCCCUUCACCAGAUGCGGAGGGACCAGGUAUCGGAUACCUGCAGAGCCUACAGUGCCUCCAGCCGCAAGCGACGUGUUCUGACUCCCAGCGACCUUAAGCACUUGGUGGUGGAUGAGGACCACGAGAUGAUCUACUGUUAUGUGCCCAAGGUGGCCUGUACCAACUGGAAGCGGGUGAUGAUGGUGUUGACUGGGCGUGGCAAGUACAGUGACCCCAUGGAUAUUGCUCCCAGUGAGGCGCACAUCCCUUCCAACCUCAAGACCCUCAACCAGUACAGCAUCCCAGAGAUCAACCACCGCCUGAAGAGCUACCUCAAGUUUCUCUUUGUGAGGGAGCCCUUCGAGAGGCUGGUGUCAGCGUACCGCAACAAGUUCACCCGCAAGUACAACACCUCUUUCCACAAGCGCUUCGGCACCAAGAUCGUGCGCCGGCAUCGCAAGAACGCCACGCAGGAGGCCCUGUACAGCGGCAGCGACGUCAAGUUCGAGGAGUUUGUGGGCUACCUCAUCCACCCCACCACGCAGAAGGAGGAGCCCUUCAAUGAGCACUGGCAGACUAUUUAUUCCCUCUGCCACCCCUGUCACAUCCGCUACGACCUGGUGGGCAAGUAUGAAACCUUGGAGGAGGACUCCAACUACAUUCUCCGGCUGGCCGGGGUCAUCGACUACCUUCGUUUCCCAACUUACGCCAAGUCCACCCGUACAACUGACGAAAUGACUGCCGAAUUCUUUCAGAACAUCAGCUCCCAUCACCAGACGCAGCUCUUCGAACUCUACAAAUUUGACUUCCUGAUGUUCAAUUACACCACACCAAGCUACCUGAAACUGGACUGAGGACUCAAGGGACUGGCUGUGUUUGAAAUUCUCACGUUGUCAUGGGGGCAGGGGUUUGAAUGUGGUGUAUUUGGCUUAAAGGACUUGUUUUGCUGCGGUUGAGAGAUAGUGAAGUUGGCUAAAGUAACUUUAAAAAUCUGGAGGUGAGGAGUAUUACUUUGGUCGUGGUUGCCCCAGGAGUCUAGUGAAUGCCAAUCAGUCACAUUUUCUCUGAAGCAAAUGACCUUGAGUCCAUUGUGGCAUCAAAAUACCCACGUUAGCAGCAGAUAUGCUUAAAAAAACAUAAUUCCUUUGUGAAACAGGCAACACCUAAAGAGGCCAUAAAUAUGUCUAACCAACAGGUCCUGUUUUACACUUAAAUCCAUAAAAAAAAAACAUAACUGUACAGGAUUUAAAAUUAGAACUCCAUCCCAGUUGAAUGUAAAAACCAAAGAUCAUCACUGCCCAGCAGGGUUUGCCAUUGAUGCAUCAUUUCUGGGAUCAGCUGACUGAAAAGAGAGAACUGUUGGAAAAAACCAAAGGGUAAAUCUUCUCAGCGACCUAGCUAGAACUGACUGUAGCAAUAGGAAUUCCAUGGUUAGAAUCAGUCAUGCUAAAUAAAGCACCUAGCUCAAUACUCCAAUUAUGAUAUUUUAUGCUCAGUUUGGUCCUUAGUAGUUAAGAACUCUGUUUUUAUAUAGUUCUCACUUGUAAUUAACAAGCCCCCUCCUUAUUAGCAUACCUUUAGGCACACUGGUGAGGAAGUUUUUUUUUUUUUUUUUUAAAUGAAAUAAUUUAACAGAAAUAUUUAUCCCCUCAUUCCUUCAGUGAGGACACAUGUUGUGGUCCCCAAGGAACACUUGAUAAAAAUAGAUAAAGUAAAUGAAGCACCUUAACCCUACUACUGUUAGGAUAUUUCCAUUUCAUCUGUUCCAGUAGCACAAGGCCACAGCCAUGCUGAACAUACUGUAUAAUAAUCUUUCGUAAAUAAGGAUGCUGAAAGUAGACUUCAGUACUCUAAAAUCACGUGGGGCGCACACACCAAACUGCUUCCUGCCCUGGAAACUUGAAAACAAGGGCCCCACGUAUAUGUACAGAUUUGGGGCGUCCCCCCCCCCCCCCCCCAGAAAGCCCUUAGCACCCUCCCCUGUUCCUCCACUAAAUAUAUCUUUCAUUGCUGGUACAGAGGAGAUAAAGCCCAUCCUAUGUCUACAGUUAGAACAUUUCUCUGAGGACUGGAGGGAGGUGCUGAGGGACAGCGAUUUGAACCCCUGCUUGUAUGACUAUGCAUUUGUUUUUGUUUUUGUAAGUGAAUGAUUAUUAUUUUUGUCUGUUUUAAAAAGAGAUGCUGCGAGCAGCAGACUCAGAAUUAUUUAAAUUACUUUAAAUGUGAGAAAAGACAGAUUGCUUUUUUAAUUUU